AUGCCCUCCUCCGUUUGCUCCCAUGCGUCAUAUCCUACGAGCACAGAUAGCCUCCUUCUUGAGCAGCCCUGCGGCUCACAUCGCAUAAAAUACAAGGGUGCCGGCGAGCACUCUGUACACGACUUCGUUCUGGAGACCGACGACCAAGCGGUCGACGUCUCGCUCGUCCUCCCGCACUAUCGCGCUCACAAUCAACCCAUCGACCAUCGGCUGAGCAUGUACACCGGGACGGACUCGAACGCGCCGGUCAAAGUCAAAGUGUGCCGGAGAUUUACCCCUACACGGACUACCAAGUUCAAGCUCGAGGUGCACUCCGCCUCGAACUCGGACGUCACGAUCUGGCUGCCCUCCGACUUCAAGGGCCACAUUCACCGAUCGUCGGCGUGCAAGAAAGUCUCUUUCUCGGCAGGCUUCACGAACCGCAUCAUGCGCAACGUCUGCCUGACACAGUCCCGCCGCCCCUCUGUGGUUUCCCUGUCCGACCACACCGCCUACCGCUUUUCGGAGAUAUACGUCUCCGACGGGCGGAGCCCGGUCGACAGUGAGAAGAAGUUGUUCGGGAGCGGAUACGGCACCUUCGGCGGCGUGCCCGCCGACGAGGACGAGGUCGUGGUCGAGACCGAGGGCACGGUAACGUUCCGCAUGUGGGACAUCCACCGAGGAGAGCCCGAGGCACGCUGCCGUGAGGCGUGCAAGCGCGCGUUCGGGCUUGGCUGGUGCUCGAAGCGCAGCCCCGAGGUCGCCAUCGACUGGGAUUUCCUCCUCGAGGAUUGAGCCCGAUGAGUCCUAGGCCAUCCACAUGGGCUCCUUCCCCGACGAGCUUGCUUGCUCACUUUGACGUCUGACGUGCCACGUUCCGCCGACCGACUGCACCCGCGUCCACCGUCCACUUCAUCUCCGCGCUUCCCUGCCUGCCUUUCGUUCGCAGGCACGCCCACCCCUGCAUGCCCGUCGCGACCAUUACGCUAUCUUUCGUUCCCAAAUAUCCCUAUGUUUUACAUGCCCGCCCGCAUCUCACGUUAUUUGUCAUCUGUUCUAUAUCCCCACAGGUUAUCACAAACACUGUAGCAUCAGCACACGUCCCUCGCCUUGGUAGAUCUCCACGAACUGUAGCAUCAACUCUCUUAUAUCUCUACCUUCACUCACAUGGAUUUCGCCGACAUGGAUCACGGAUAUACGUUUGGCACUCUUAAUUCUAUCUUUAUGAUGUUCCGUCAGUAGGGCUGACGGCACUUGUUACCACUCUACCCUUUCGUUUGUUCCGGGUACAUAUCAUGGUUGAAUACUUAUGGAGAC